UGAAAUUCUGCCAAUUAUAUUUGACGCAACGUCAAACUCGCAAUGAUGUCCGGCGAAGCAUGGCUUUACCUGUUGUCGGUGUUGAUCAACGCCGUCAACCUCUUCCUCCAGGUGUUCUUCACGAUUAUGUACAGUGAUCUCGAAUGCGACUACAUCAACCCUAUCGACCUUUGCAACCGCCUUAACGCCUAUAUCAUCCCCGAAGCCGCUGUCCACGCGUUCCUGACCUUCCUCUUCGUGAUUAACGGAUACUGGCUCGCGAUUGUGCUGAACCUGCCCUUCGUGUUGUUCAACGCCAAGAAGAUCUACGAGAACCAGCACCUUUUGGAUGCGACCGAGAUUUUCCGCAAGUUGAACGUGCACAAGAAGGAAUCCUUCAUCAAGCUUGGUUUCCACCUCCUUAUGUUCUUCUUCUACCUCUACAGCAUGAUUGUUGCCCUUAUCCGCGAUGAGGGCCACUGAUUGCGUCAAAAGACCGAAUACGCGAU